UUGUAUUAGACUAAGUAUAUUAGGUUUAUACUUCCGUUUCUGGAAAUAUACCGCUUGUGAUUAUUGAUAUCAGAAGAAUAUUUCUGUGGUGGCUGCGAAAGGGAAGCACCACAGUUAGAAAAAGGGAUCACUUAUAAGUACGCAUUGAUCUGACCCUCUAAUAACCCCAGUAUAAUAUGUCGUCAGCAGCUGCCGCCGUAAGGAAAUUCCAAAUCCAAAACAACCAUAUCACUUUGAGUGAAGAAGAAAUUGCCAAAAGCAACUUCAAAGAUUUUAUUCCAUCGUGGGAACAGAACAAAACUUACCCACCAUUGGAAUUUUUCCAACACCAUGAUAGAGGUACAUUUGCGGACCCAGAAUUACCUAACUUAUUACCAAAGGAUGGCGACUAUACGAAGAAAAGUAUUACGCCUAAAUUGGGAACUGAAAUUGACGGUGUUCAGUUAUCUCAAUUGACCGAUGAAGGUAAAGACGAAUUAGCACUUUUGGUGGCUCAAAGAGGGUUAUUGGUGUUCAGAAACCAGGACUUCACCGAUCACGGUCCCAAGUUUGCAGUGGAAUUUGGUAAGUACUAUGGACCACUUCAUAUCCACCCAGUUUCCGGUGCCCCAAUCGGGUACCCUGAGUUACACAUUGCCUAUAGAAACAAGGACUACGCCAACCAGGGGAACUACUUUAAAAACAAAACCAAUAGUAUUGCUUGGCACACAGAUGUUAGCUACGAGUUGCAACCUCCUGGAAUCACUUUUUUCAGCGUGUUAGAAGGUCCUGAGUCUGGUGGUGAUACUGCUUUUGCUGACACCAUCGAAGCGUAUGAGAGAUUGUCUCCCGAAUUCAAAGGAAUUUUGGAUGGCUUAUAUGUGGAACACUCCUCAGUAGAACAGGCUAGCUUUGUAGAAAACUCAGGGCCAAUCAAGUCAAGAAGAGAUCCGGUUAAGAAUAUUCACCCACUUAUUAGAGUUCAUCCUGUUACCGGAAAGAAGAUUUUGUAUGUCAAUCCUCAAUUCUCGAGAAGAAUUAUUGGAUUCAAAGAAGAGGAGUCAAAGGCCUUGUUAGCUUUCCUUUACGACCAUAUCGCUAACUCCCAUGACUUGCAGGCCCGUGCCCACUAUGAAGCAAACACUGUUGUGAUCUGGGACAACAGAAGAGUUGUUCACACUGCCGUUAACGACUGGGAUGACACCGAUGCAACCCGUAUUGCAGUAAGGAUCACCCCUCAGGCCGAGAGACCCAUUGCAGAUCUCAAGGACUUGAACAAAGAAGACAAAAACAGACUUGCUGAUGCUUGAACUCUUUUCGAUCUAUUAAGUGUAUACUGGUAUAUUUUUAAAU